CAUCUAUCUUACUUGCAUUUCCGACUUGUUCUUUACCAUCUACAACGAUGCCCUUCACCCCCCGCCUACAAAGAGACCGCUCCCUCUCCCACUCCUCCUCUCUCUCCAUUGCACGCUCCCCCAACGUCCUCUCGGCUGCCAACUUUGGCGGCCCGCCCAUCUCCCCGCACGAACUCGACGGCCCCUCGUUUUUUGAACAUCGACAUGCGCCUCGUGGGAGUGCUUUAGGGAGGACCGUAUCUGCCUCGGGAGGGGACAGGCUUUCAGCAAUACAGAGUGUCGAAGAUUUGACGUCGGCGAAACCUUCUACUGCCGAAGCCUUGAUCGACCCCGGAGCCAAGACCCCUUCUCGGCUCGAGGCGUAUACGCCAGACACCUACGACACAUCCGAGGAGAGGCUCUCCGCUCCCCUGCUCAAGCCGCAGGUCCACUUUGAUGCACCUGUAUCUGAAGCGGGAGAAGACGAGACAAUGGAUCUGAAUGGUGUCGAGAGACUAGAUGGACCGGCGUACGAGUAUACCGGGCCCUUUCAGCCCCCAGACUCGAGAGAGUUGACGCUAUAUAUGCUCAGCUUUGGAGGGGUUGUCAUUCUUGCGGUCGCUGCGGGCUUGACCACUAUCUUUGAUUGGAUAUUGUGAGGAGUUUAUGGACCAUAUUUCGGUGGACAAUGUCCUAUGCCACGAGAAAGCUAUGGUCCUCAACACAAUCGAGGGCUCAAGCUCUGGCAUUGAGGCCAAUUCUGACGCCUCAGACGUCGAUCCUGGCCAUAGCGCCCAAUCUAGUCCCUGCAGAACGGAGCUUGUCCAGUGUGGGCAAGUAGAUCCCAAUUCCAGGCGAAGUGCGAUUGCAAAGCUACCUGCCAAGGUGCCAACAGAAGACUCUACAAGUCUGCUCAAUCAGACUCAAAGGCGCAGACCUGGCAAU